AUGGAUUGUCAAAUGGCUAGAGAUAUUUUCCAGUGCGAGAAAGAGUUUGGUUAUCCCUCCAAUUUUCCAAAUUUCCAUUGGUGGAAGUCCCCAGAUAAAAGAAAAGUCGCUACUAUCGUCAGGGAUGAGAUUCCCGUCCCAGAAUUACCGAAUCGGUACCCUUACCGCUACUCCUCCGCGGGCCCAUGCUCCGUGGGGAGAACUCAGAAGGAGUGGGAUAUGUACCGUUGUUUCCUGGAUAGCAAGCCAAGAACCAAGCGCAGGGAAAGAUUUGAUGUCAUGGAUAUCGUACAGAUUGAGGGCUAUGAAACUACAACCAUGACAGAAUCGUUAAGACCAUUCCGCUCAAAGCGCCAUCCGACGGAAUUCCGGUCCACAAAAAUUCCCACUGGACUCAACGAGCCUUUGUUUGUUCCGUUUAAAGGGCAUUCGGAAUUUGAUCAGUACGUGAUCGAUACUCUCUAUCCCGGCUGGAAACAGGAUCCCUUGUAUAGAAG